AUGAAUAAGAGGAAGAGAAACCCUGAAAAAAUAUUCAAGGCAAAUGAUACUACAUAUUUGAUCAAAUUUGUCAAGAAGGCCUUAGAAUUAAACUCAAAGUUAUACCAAUCAUUAUGUGAUAACGUGAAAGAAGUUUUAGGUAUAAUUGUGAGUUUGUUAAUGAAUAGGACGUGUGUGAAAGAUAAAUCAGACAGAAAGAGGUCAUGA